CAACAGAGUCCAGCCAGAGUGCCAGCGGUGGACUUGUGAACGAACGAUAGGCUGACGAGAAGACUGCGCGCCUCCCCGGGUCAGCGAGGCGUGAGAUCCCGAAAGAGUCGCCUCACUCCUUCUGUGACGGUCUGAGGUCGAGCCUGGCUCCUCCGUCCGCGUGUCUAGGUCGCAGGCAAGAGGCUUGGCAGAUUUUGAAUCCGGUCAGGCCUGCUGAGGACCUAGCUGGCCUCGCUAUUCGCGCCCGUCGACGUCAUCACUGCAUCACUGCCUCCCCGCUCUUCGCCGAUCGUGACGUGCUCUGCUCGCGCGCUCGACCGACACGCAGCCGAUCAGUGCUCAGCUGAAAGGCGUGUCCUGUCGAGCCUGGUAUCACUCGCUGUCUGAUGCCCGUCGAGAGUCAGCACAGACACGAGCAAGCACUCUCGACCGUCCUCGAGCUCUUCCAAUCUCUUACGAGCGAUGAGGUAGCUGCCCAGCUCACGGGCGUGCCUGUCCUCCCCCCACUUCAUGAUGAGGCGUCGCACAGCAGUCGUUCGACACGCUCGACGCUGACGGGCUCAUUGGAGCGCUUGACCCCUGCGCCCGAGCAAUGGACGUUCCACGGUCUCCAACACGGCGUGCGGAUCUACAGCCAGGGUCGCGAGGAUCGUUCGCGCACAGGUGCUACAAGCACUCGGCUAGAAGGCGACGAGGGAUACUCGUCCUCAGCUUCGGGAUCGCCUGUACGUCGACCGAUGCGAAUAGACACUUCGCCAGAGCGACAGAGGCCUCCUUGGCUGUCACCCACCAAUUCAGACUCACGCUCACCACGACUGGAAAGGCCUGCGCAAUCUUCGCCAGCGUUGCCCGUUUUCGUCGCAAAGCCGAACAAUGAUCCAACAACGACAGCUUUCUUCAGGGGUGAGGGUUUCAUACCAGGCCGCUGGAAGCCCGAAGAUGUCAGCGCGACGAUAGAGUCCUUUGGCGCACGAGCCCAAUGGGAUCCUCGCUUCAAUUCAUCGACCGCAUACGUAGUAGAGCGCUUGUCGAGCUGCGAUAGAUUGUCAUAUGCGCGCCUAAAGUCGGCCUUCCCUGUUGGCGAUCGGGAUGCAUGCAUUGCUGGUCGAUAUCAUGAGGCGAUCAAAGACAAACUGGCGUACAUGUGCGUCACUUCCGUUGAAGAUCCUCUGUUACCUCCUACAGAAGUCGUUCGCUCGACGAUUCAUCUCAACUGCUGGAAACUGAGAUAUGUAGACGAUUUGCCCCGCGUGACACCUCUCAGUCUGGACGACACUUCCGUCGAGCCACAAGCACCAGCUCUGUCCAUGAUCACACCACGGCCGCCCAAUACUCGCGGGCCGUCUGACUUAUAUCGGACAGUAUCGACACACUCUCAAGACGAAAGUCCUGUGACUCUAUCGGCAAUGCCCAAUGCUCAGCCGCAGCGAAGCAGUCCUCGCUCGAAGCGAAUGCCCGAUCAGCCACAGCCAACGCGCAAGAUGAGUCACGUCAUCAGCCAAGAGAAGAUAUUUCAGCCUCUGCUUUACAACAUUCCCAAUCGCUUGUCUGGGCCCAUGGCUCCCGGAAGUGUGAGCCAGCAAUCCACAGAAGAGACAGAGUCCGCUAUGCCUGGCUUAUGGGUGUCCUUCAUCAGUCGAAGCUCUCCUGGUGGGGCAGUACCGGAGAGCUACUACAACAUGCUGCAGCUAUCGCUGCCGCUAUCGAUCUCGUGUUUGCGCAAUCAUCUGCAGACUUACGGCUUCGCACCUCAUCUCGUUCGGCCGCAACUGCCACACCUCGACUGUCGGGUUCUCAAUGAGAGCUUUGACCCGGCGUCGGGCUGUUACGAGCUCAUCUACUUGUCAACGCACAAAGCUGACACUCUACCGACCGCAGCCAACGAGACGCGCAUUCGAUUUUUCGGCAACGCAUUCUCCAAAGGCCGUUUCGAUAUCACCGUAUUGCAUGCUCAGAGUUGGAAGCUCGAAUUUGACAUCCCUGCGCUGAACGGCGCCAAGACUGUAGGGUACGAUGGGCAGGUACAGACCGGCGCUGGCUCGACUGUCAGGAAGACACGGCCAAGUCUCACGCAACGCUUCUCUUCUGCUGCGUUGACUUCGUCACAUCCUUCGCCGCAAGCGCCACGUACAGCCACCAUAAGCGAGAACGAAGAAUCUACAGACCUGUCGCAACUGCCUGGCAGCUGCGGUGCUUGCACUCUCGUCAUCGCCAACGACAGCAUGUCUGCCAUGCCCGUACAAGUUCGCAUCGAUAAACGGCCCGAGAAGGCAAAGCUGACCUCGAGCUCGUUACGCAAAGUCAGCGAAGCAUUGGCCGAGGCCUCUCUUGCACCUCUGCCAUCACUCACUGCAUACGAAGACAUUGCCUCAGGAACUGACUCGAUCAUCAAUCACGGCAGUGCUCUCGAGCUUCUUAGCGCAGACAUCAAUGUCCGACGCCGGGCGGCCGCACGGAUGGCUUUACACUCGGCCGAAGAAGUCAUACAGCGGCUCGCAAACUCGCGCGAUGCGUUUGCGCCAGAUCCCGUAUCGCUCAUCCCUGCUACCGGCGAUCGUUGGAGCACUUCACCGACAGUUUUUCACGCAGCCUGA